UUCCUUGCACGGCUCCGGCGUAUACACUCGUCAACCACCUCGAUGAAUCCAUCGCGUCACAAGCCCGAGUAUUGCUAUUAACACGCGCUGGGUUGAAAUUCGCCAAUGCCUCCGGCUGCGGAGGACAUACCUGUGGGUGCUUUUGUUGAAACCAGCACAGGAACUGGUUAUGUGCGUUAUAGUGGGGCCACGAAUUUCGCGCCAGGUAAAUGGGUUGGUGUUGAACUCUCUGAGCCGCGCGGAAAGAACGAUGGCUCAGUUCAGGGAGUAAGAUAUUUUGAAUGUGCUCCAUUGUACGGUGUAUUCGUAAGAGCAGGCAGGCAAAACUCCUCAAAACUCCUCCGGUACGCCUGUCAUUCUGCAAUGAGCGAGAAUUAUAUGGUGUCUAACCGAUAUAUAAAGAGCCCUGCCCCUUCCUCACGCGCCAGUCCUUCCCGGAUGCCGGAUGGUUUCCCCACUCCUACAGUCCGGAAUACUGGGAAGCGCCUUAGUCCUGCUACUUCCGAGCGAGCCACAAGUCCAAAUAAACCAACCGCAAGUCAUGCUCCAUCUGUGCCUACCCGUCUCACUCAGUCUACAACAGCACCAACGCUGAGCCCUCCACGUAGUGGGAAUGCCAUCAAACCGCCAAACAAUCUGAGAUCAUCGACCUCCCGGAUACUUGCACCUCGCGGUAGAACAACACCUCGUAACUCCAUAGAUCUUUCAGCGGCUGGUGGCUCCAUAUCGGCCGCACUUUCUUCCGACAGAUUGGUCAGUAUCCCCAACGGGACGCCGAUCAAAUCCUCUCCUAUCCGAGCACCUUCAUCACCAAUUUCACGAGCUAUUUCUGAACACUCCCCGUCACCCAUGCCCAUUUCUCAACAAACAUCAUCACCAAAACCCUUGUCGCAACGACCACCAUCGCCUCGUAAUGUCUUACAACACUUACCACCUCUCCGACCCGUUUCACAGCAGUCUCCCACCGAAUUACUCGCCCCCCCGUCAGUAUCUCAGGGACUUACGGGGUCUCCGAUUUUCAAGGAGCCGGAUACUCUCCAGCCUCCCCCUGUUUCCCCUGCAGUUACUCACUCCACAACUCACACCGAUGACUCUCAAGAACUCCGUGCCAAGAUUCGCGUACUUGAGUCCAAACGCGCUGCGGAUGCCCAAACGAUGCAGUCCCUCGAGAAUCGUUUAACGGAAGCAGACGCAUUCUUCGCUGUCCGACCUAGACUCCAGGCCAAGCUUCAAUCCCUCACAUCCGAAGUUAAUGCGUACAAACUUGAGAUCUCCGAGCUCAAGGCUGAAGUGGAUAGCUUGAACGCCAAGCUUACUGAGCAAACGGAUCUCUUGGAGAUGGCCACAUUGGACAGGGAAAUGGCCGAAGAAAAGGCUGAGAACGCGGCGGCAGCUAAGGAGGCGGAAGUGGAAAAGAGGGCGGAAUUAGAGAUCGAAUUAGAGGCGUUGAAGCAGGAGCGGGAAUUGGCUGCUAAGCCACUUUCUGGCGCCGAAGAUGAAGUUGGAGGUCGUACAACACUAGAUUAUAUUCAGUUGGAGAAGCAGAAUGCGAGAUUGAAGGAGGCCCUUGUCAAGCUUCGGGAUGUUCUCCACGAAAAAGAAGAAGAAUAUCAUCGUGAAAUCACUGAUCUUACCCGCGAAUUGGGUGUUGCGGAUGAGAUCCAAUCGAGUUACGAACAAGCUCUUACCCAGUUAGAGGCAGCAGAAAACCAGAUCGACGACUUGAAGGGUCAAUUAGAUGACGCUCUUGGUUCUGAGGAGAUGGUAGUCCAGCUUACGGAGCGCAAUUUAAUCAUGCGUGAGAGAAUGGAGGAAUUGCGUGUCACAGUGGAAGAACUCGAAGCCCUUAAGGAACUGAGCGAUGAGAUUGAAGAGAACCACGUUGCAGCAGGGAAGGCAAUGCAAGAGGAGAUUGACGAGAAAGACCUACAAAUUCACAAUCAACUUCGAGCAAUCGAGACUUUUCAGGAAUCCCUCGCAGACUACGAGAAUACCAUCAUGCAAUUCCGUGAAGUUGUUACAGGCUUGCAGGGAGAGUUGGAUGUGGCUCGUGAGCUCAGCCAGACACAUCGGAUGGAAUCUCAGACCCAGGCGAAUCAAGCUGCUGCAGCUCUCACACUGUCGAAGAAAUUGCAAUCUACCGCUAUCAAGAACCAGGCGAAGACUAUUGAUUUAGAAAUUAAACAUUUAGAUACUGCCCAGGCCCGUGAGAUGCUCAGUAUCGUUCAGCCAUACCUUCCACAAGCAUAUCUUGACUCUGACAGAGAUGCUGCUCAGUGUUAUAUGCUUUUCCAGCGACUUUCGUACAAGAUUGACCUCAUCAAUACCCUAGUUGGGCAAUCAUACAACUUCCCCGAAAGCCUGUUUGGCGAUAUCACAGAUAGCAGUUUAGUUGGUGUCUGCGAGAUGCGGAGUAUAGCAGCACAUGUUUCGUCUUUGUGCAAGAGAUUCGCUGCGGUGUUGAAAAGAUGCAAUCCCGAGUUUUAUCUCAACAUUGGAAAACUUUAUCCUGAGGUUGCACCAAUGGAAAGACGACUUGAUAUCCAUAUCGAUACUCUACGCCGGGAUGAGUUCAGGUUUCUGGAAUGCGGCAGUGAUUUGCAAAAGAUGGUUGGACACUUCGACCAUCUUGCUGAGUCGUACUUCUCCGGCUACUUGUUUGAUUUGGGAGAGCGCGAAUUAUCCCGUAUAGUUUCUGUAGAACAUGACCUCGAUUCGUUCUUGGCUGCCAUGGCGUUAACGAAGAGUUACCUUGAAGGAGUACUGAAUGAUGAAGGCGAGUAUUUUCCGGACGCAAAUCGGUGGUGUUCUGAUCAGCGCACAGAAAUUAUGAUCGAGACUGGAGAUCUGGACCCUACUGCGUCAAUGCUUAUGCCAAUGAACAGUGUUCUCGAUUCUUGCAAGGGCGCCAAGAUGGCUACAAGGAAAAUUUCGAAACGGAUCGACGAUCUCAUCGGAGAGUCAGCAGCUUUGGCAGAAAGCUCGCUUAUGCAGCUAGCAUCUUUCGCCAAUGCUACGUCUAAAGCGAUUGACUUCGGCAUCCAGCUCGCUCAACGGGUCAAUGGCUAUAUUACAGACGUCCGAGCCAACAAAACGACUUUCCAACUUUCUUCAAUCCUUGCUGCUGUCAGAGAAAUCUCUUCGACGGCCAUCGGUGCCAAGGAUUCCUCGUCGUGGACUUCUGUUAAAGAUCUUAUUGCCAAUUUGACUGGAGACGCUACUAAUUUUCUCCCUGUCGCGAUGGAGGGCGGCCAAGUUGUGAAAAUAACUGGGGAAGCACCGUGGACACUGCGAGUCACGGAGGUCAAAGCUGCUGCUGCUGUCGACCUCGAGGCACAACACAGGGUUACACAGCUCAAUGAGGAACUUCAGAGCCUCGUCCGUGCAAUUCGAGCUAGAGACCAAGCUCUCCAGGAAGCCACUGUUAAGAUUGAAUUGAUGGAACGUCGCAAUGAAACCGUUAAGAAACAUGUCGAUGCAAUUUCCGAGCUCGAGACAGAACUGGCCAAGGCUCGGAAGCAGGAGCGGGCGUAUGAAGAGGCGAUGGAGCAAAUGCAAGCGGAUCUCGAUAGUCUCGAACAAGAUUACGCCAAACUCAAGAAUAGUCCCGCAAACGCUGUCGAGCGUCCCGCCAACGCGGUACCUGUCAAUGAGCUCAUAGAGCAACCUGUAGUCGAAGGCAAUUUGGAGACGUCAUACCUCCUCGAGCAGAUUGAAUCUCUUCGGGGUGCCGUUAAGUUCCUCCGGUCGGAGAACUCGUACCUUAAAGGUCAAGAUCUACUCAAGGAGAUCUAUGCGUUACCACCGUUGCCUGAUUUGGAGUCAUCCUAUGAGAGCUCCAGUGAUGAGGAAUCGGAGCCUGAGCGUAUCGAUAGUAUCGACGUUAUCGAGUCGGAUGAUCCUCCCUCGCUCAGGACGCUCAACACGGCAACGAAGCUUCUAUAUCGUGAAGUCCUUAGCUUCAAUUCUUCACCUCGUGUCGUUGAUCUAUCAGCUGUCAACCAAAGCCCUGGUUCGUGGCUGCCCCAGAAGAAGAGUCCGCAUUACCAGAUUUGGGAGAGAUCUAUUGAGGCGGACAAGCUGCGAGAGAGGGUGAGAAAUCUGGCCGCAAAGACUUCACAGGCAUCCUUUCGAAAGCCGCCCAGGGUCAGUGUUCGCAAGACAUAACCAUCCAUACCAAAUUCUCUAUGGUUUACACAUCGUAUACUUGAUUAAUCACAAUCAACACAAAUAAAUGUUAUGUCUGAGACCGAUUGGUUUGGCAUGGACCAAGCAAGGUUUUUGGUAAUUCAUUUUGCGUUGCGGUCAUGGCUUGGUGAAGAACUAUGUUGAUGUGUAUGCGAGGC